AUGGAUGCGGGACCAGUAUUUCCCUUUGAAUUGGUGCCUAACUUCAAGAAAUUGAAGUUAGGCAUGGCCUUGGCAGCAUGCUUUGGAGCGCAAGUUCUUCUUCCGGCGCCUAACUUGGGAUUUUCCAAGUUAGGUGCCAAUAUGACCGUACAGGUUAGAGAAGAAGUAAGCACGCGUGAAGCCACAACCAACCCUUUCUCCAAUUCUUCGAUCUGCUUCCUCCUCUCCAAAGAAACAAAAACCCUAGCCUCACCACCGCAAGGAGUGAGCCACCUACGCCGUCCGUCACAAUCAGGGGCUCCUAUCUUCGUUUCGUCGGUGUCCUGCAAAGAAGAACCCUUGUUGGCUCUCAGUCUUCGUUUUCUACUAUCGACGUCGUCCAGUCGUCCUUCGAAGGGCCCAAAAAGUCCAGCAGAAGAAGCCCACAUAGGCCCAAAAGGAACGACACGCGUCAAGAAGAAGGAGAGGGAUGAGAAAGAGUCGUCGAGGCUAGAUGAAAAGAAGAAAAAGAAAGAGGAGGAAGUGCUGACAGCCGGGUACCUUGCCCACAAGUACCUUAUGAAAGGAACACUUUUGAGAAGAAUGUGGGACCCACAGCGCCAUGAGAACUGCUACAAUUACGUGAAGCUGGCCCAAUUAUUGAAGAUCGGUAGGGCCCACUUUUCCGGCGUCGUUAACCCUGCCCAAUUGAUUUGCUAUCUCCGCCCCUCACCACCACCAUCAUCCUCAAAAUUGGAAUUGUAAAGUUUAAAGGGAAAUAUCUCUUAUAUUUAACUC